GGUGAGGAAAGGAAACAGAGUGCCACGUUUUCAGGAGGAAGAACGGAUGUUGAAGCACCGGGGAGGAAUGGUCACGGGUAGGAAGAUAUCGGUCCGCAGGUGUCUCGGUCGGCCACGUACACAUAUUUUGGGAACCCUCGCAAAUUUCAGACGUGCACUUCAUUCAGUAAGCAGUUGGGCUGACAGGUACACGUCUCUAGCAUCACAGACAGAAGACUUGUUUGGAGGUUUUAAGAUUUGAAGUUAUAUUGUAUUUUCACCAUUCAAGAUGGAAAUUAGUACUAUUCUCACUCUACUAGUUGGGUUUUUAUCUUCAUUUGUCAGGGCGGAUGAUCCAGAUGUUGUUGCCAUGGUUACCCACAAAGUCAAAUUUGACAUAAGCAUUGGUGGAGAGCCAGCGGGCACAAUUGAGCUUGGUCUCUUUGGAGACGUUGUUCCCAAGACAGUUGCCAAUUUUGUGGAGUUUGCUGAUCCUUUGAGCAAGGAAAACUAUGUUAACACCAAAUUCCACAGGGUGAUCAAGAACUUCAUGAUCCAAGGUGGUGACUUUAUGAGUGAAGAUGGAUCAGGAAGCAGAAGUAUCUUUGGUAAGGAUCACUUUGAGGAUGAGAACUUCAGGUUGGACCACUAUGGAGCUGGAUGGUUGGCCAUGGCCAAUGCUGGACCCAACACCAAUGGCUGCCAAUUCUACAUCACCACGGUGAAGACAAAGUGGCUGAACGGUGCCCAUGUUGUCUACGGUAAAGUUUUGGAUGGUAUCGAUGUUCUGGCUGCCAUCGAGAACACCGAGACAGACGACAGCGACAAACCUCUGAAAGAUGUAGUGAUUACCAAAUCAUCGAGUGAAGAAGUACCAAGGUCGGAGCAGUUUGAGGUGGAGAAAGCAGGUGUAACAAUGCCAGUACUGUGAGAUGCUGGUCAGCUCUGCGGGGGGGGGGGGGGGUCUUCAGAUAGGGCAUACUCAGGAUAUCUCUCCACAUGGCUUAUUGAAGGGUCUUGAUUAAAUAAUGCAAAGAAAGGGGAUGUAAGUAUUUUCUAUACUGUUAAAUUUUUAACAAUGCCUUGGAAUCGUCGUUCCAUCAUCGUUUUAGAAGUAUAUUUCAGAUAUUUCAAUGGAAAUCACUUUACUUUUAUAUUGUGAAGUCUUUCUGUAUUCGAUUUUUUUAACUGCUAGCGUGAUAAACAGAUGUGUGCAUGUGAACAGACUUUAUCUGUGUGUGUUUUUGAAUGGGUGCGAGUGUUUCUUGGAAAUGAACUUUAUUGACAUGCAAAUUGCAACAGGGUUUUAGUAAAAAGAAUAAAAGACUGUUUAAUUUUUAAGCAAAGAGUAAAAAUAACCUCAAAGUCCAAAGAUGUUUAAAUUGUGGGGAAGUUCUCUUUUUAUUCAUUUCAGGAAUAUCACUGCCUAGACAAUUGUUUAUUUGCCUUGUUUACUCAAAAGUUUGCCUCUUGUCCUGCCUCUGUAAUUUUCCAAAGAGUAAAAAUGCCAGAACGUUCUGGGUCUCAUUUCACACAAUUUUGGGACAGAUUUUUUCAAAAACCCUUCCAAACUUGCUUAAAUCUUGCCUUUUGUGUAGAAUUGGCUUUAUAUUUGAUAGGAAUCGGUUUCAGUGGACAUCAAAUAUCUCCACUCUAGUGUGUGUGUGUGUAUCAAUCCAAUGGUGCUACUUCAUUGCUAUGCAAAACAUGUGAAAGAUAAUCACCAAAUCAAAUCAUACUUUGUUAUUUCUAAGAUAUAUACUAAGAAAUUUCUUUAAUUUAUGGACCGCUGUUUCUGUUUAGUGUUAAUAGUUAUAUAUAAAUUUUCUGAACUUUGAUACACUUUAGUUAGUUGAUACUUUUUUUCCAUUAAGGGUAACUGAAAAUUACCAUAAUAGACUACAAUUUGACACUGAUACACUUAUUUGUUGUUUCUUAUCCUUUUGUAGUCUUCUAUAUUCAGGGGAGUUGCUGAUCACAUGAACAUGAGUGAUUACAACUUGCGCACAGUGUAAGAAUAAGUUGGUCGAUAAUGCACACAGUCACAUGCUUCCAGCUAAUUAGAUGUAAAUUCCAGAUAUCCUGUCCUGUUACCCUUGUAAUAAAUGUACCAUGCAGUAAUUUAUCUACAUCAAAUGAAGGGUGUUGGAAUACAUUGGCAUUAAGCUAGGCUGUAGUGAAGCAUAGAGUGUAGACCUAAUAGAUUCAGUUCAAAUAUCAAUACUUGGGUACUUGUUCUUGUAUGAAGCAUAUAUAGAGAGAAAAUAAAGGGGAAUAUUAACUCUAUUUCUGAUGGAAACAUGUAAACUAAGCAAGUGUCAUUUGGUUAUCGAGAUGUAUUCUGGAGAAGAAAAAUAAUAAUAAUAAAGCACAAUAACAUCAUAAAUGUUGAUAAAAGAAAAAUCAACUUCUGCCCGAGGGACAACUUCAUGAGGCACUUUGUCGGGGGUUUCCACUGGCGACUGUUAUAAGGUACUAAAAUGCUUACAUAUGAUUGGCUGAGAGUAAAUGAUGAUCACUGACAAGAUCCCAUCACAGCUUGGUAACUUCUUGCACAACACAAAUAGAUUUUUUUUUAUCAUAAAAAUCAUCUGUAAUUAUCUUCUUUUUUUACCCUCCAGAAGAGGUUUCAAGUUUUUAUCACAGUAGUGUGUUCAAAUAUUUGAAGGAUAUUUUAGUGGUCACACCUUAGGCGAUUCCAAACUGAAAGCUGACAAACUUUGAUCCCGUCCAAUUUAGGUACAUUAUCAAAUGAAUAUUACACAAAUGGAGUAGUCUUAAGAAAUAUGUGCGUUUUAGGCACAGUGUUAUGUAAAUGACGUGUUCAUAGAGUAUGUUUAUAAAUUGAAGUAUCUUUAAUUUAUCAAUGUAUUUUCUUGAAUGUAUCUAUGCAUUUUUAAUAAAACACUGCUGUUAAUACA